AUGUCACACGCCGACGUUAUAAUUGCCGGUGCCACGGCCGCAUUUGCAAUCGAUUUAAUCAUCUACCCGCUAGACACUGUCAAAACUCGUAUACAAGCCUCAUCCGAGUGGACUGCAGGUAGAAGGGCAUUGUUCAAAGGUGCCUACCAGGGCGUGGGUAGCAUUAUCCUUGCGACUCUACCUUCUUCGGCUGCAUUUUUUCUCACUUAUAACUUCCUCGUCAAAAACCUCUCAUCUACGCUUUUACCUUCUAACAAUCCACACUCGAAAGCCUUACAGCCCGCGAUCCAUGCUUUGUCCUCCGCAGUCGCAGAGGGUGCAUCAUGCGCAAUUCUCACACCAGCUGAAGUUAUAAAACAAAAUGCGCAAGUCAUCUCACCGAAAUCCCGUGAUACAACUUCCUUAUCCCUCACAGUUUUCAAAACGCUUCUUAAAGAACCAAAAGGCCUAUUUAGAGGCUACACUGCACUCGUAUCCCGUAAUCUUCCAUUUACGGCGAUGCAGUUUCCCCUUUAUGAGGAGAUAAGAAGAAAGAUCUAUAAACGCAAAAAGAUAGACCAUCCUUCGCUCAUUCAAGUCGGUGUCAUCACAGCCAUUUCCGCUGGGUCCGCUGGGUCUUUUGCAGCUGCAAUAACUACACCAUUAGAUGUUAUAAAAACACGAAUGAUGCUACUCAAGCACGGUGGUAAGAGUGGCUCUGCGGGAAUAUUUGAGAUCGCAAAGAUGAUUGUUAGAACCGAAGGUCCCAAAGCAAUAUGGAAGGGCGGUCUGCUUCGAGUCGUGUGGACAUUUUUAGGGAGUGGGCUGUACCUUGGGACGUUUGAGAGUUCAAAGAUAUAUUUAUCACGAAGACGAGAGAUAAGAGAACAAUUACAAUCUCGACACUAG